UAAAGUCAAGAAAAAGAUUUGCAUAGAACCCAUAAGCGACAUAUCCAAAAUGGUAUCUGUGAUUUUUGAAGAUUUCCUCUGAAUAUAUUCUAGUUGUUAUAUUCACUCUAAUUAUCUAAAUUUAUUCUUUUAGUAACAUAAAUACAAAUUAGUAAUAUUUUAACGAUGGCGAAUAAGAGAAAACAGGAUGAAAAGCACCUGAAAAUGUUGCGGGAAAUGGCAGCUCUAUCUCAUAAUAAGCAUUGUUUUGAUUGUAAUCAACGAGGUCCAACCUACGUCAAUAUGACAAUUGGGGCUUUUAUUUGUACAGCAUGUAGUGGAACUGUGCGAGGCUUAAACCCCCCUCAUCGUGUAAAAUCCAUUUCAAUGGCAUCAUUUACAACUGAAGAGAUGGAAUUUUUGAAGUCUAGAGGAAACGAUUUCUGCAGAAAAGUUUAUUUGGGUUUGUAUGAUGCUCAUAAGUCAAUGGAGCCUAAUACCAAAGAUGAACAAAAACUAAGAGAUUUUAUGACUCACAAAUAUGAAAAAAAACGAUGGUAUGUAGCUCCAACUGAAGCUUUUCAUGAGGAGGCCCGAAGAAUGAAUUCUAUUGAAAAAUCAGGAGAACUUAAACCUAGAAAUGUGUUAGGGGGAAUUCAGAGCUCCAUAUCUCAAAGCAGAGUCCUUCCUUCUAUUUCAGCUCCUCCACCAGCUUCCAUCUCUAUAAAUUCUCAUCAUAUUAAGAAGCCAUCAAAUUUAAUCACAGAUCUGCAAGAUCCCUUUCAGGAAUCACAAUUGGAGACCUCAUCGUCAAAGCCCGUCAUGCAGCAGGAGCAGGAAUCUGUUACACCUUCAAAUGGAUCCUCCUUGUUUGAAGCCAAUUUUGCUAAUUUUGACGCUUUUAACGACAAAAGCACUACGCAAACUUCCAAUCUUGCGAAUAUCCAACCCUUUUCGGAAUCUAAAAAUAUUCAUAACGUACUAAAUCUGACUAAACCGAACAUGACUUCCAGCGACAAAUACGCUGCACUUGCAGCCUUAGACAGUGAAUUCAGUUCGACAUCAUCCGUUACUUGGGAUGGAAACGGAGGAACAAAUUUUAGUGGGACAAAUUCAUCGACUUUCGGCAACUUUUCAACCAUUCCAUCACAAAAUUCAGGUCCCUUUCCUGUUUCUAACUCUGCUCCUGGAGGAUUUGGAGCUAAUAAUGGUAGUACUUUUCCUCCUCAAACUAAUAAUCAGACUGUAUCAACAUUUAAUACAACAAACGCUACUAACCCUUUUAACUCAAGUCAAAUUCCGUCAGUCCCAUCUAUCCCAAGUGCAAACCCAUUUAUGUCAAAUAUCCAGUCGCAGCAAAACUUCAAUGUCAACUUUCAGUGGAAUACGCCAUACCAGGCCCAACAGCCUCAACAAUUCGGCAAUUCAGCCAAUCCGUUUAUGCAAAAUUUUAACAACUCUUCAAAUCCUAGACCAACUAAUUCGACUAACCCGUUCAUGUGA